AGGAUGCCUGUCAACUUCUGGGAGCUGCAACGGCGGGCCGGCCAGUCGUCCGCGCGCGGCUUUUUCUUCAGGACAACUGAGGCACACCGUGCUUUGCGGUUCCCGGAAGUCCUUCAGGCCUCAGACCUGUCAGCCCGGCACACUCCAGCCGGUCCAUUCCGAUCACCUCCAGCCACCACGCUCUCCUUUCGGAGCCCGCCCGCCGGAAGUGACGGCCCGGAACUACUCUCACAGGGGGGCGGGGAAGGAAGAUGGCGGCGCCCAGCGUCCCGUGAGGAGAGAGGACACGGGGAUCCCGGAGAGCGGCCCCAGACUCGUUAAUUAUGGCCGCAUCUCCGCACACUCUCUCCUCACGCCUCCUGACAGGUUGUGUAGGAGGCUGUGUCUGGUAUCUUGAAAGAAGAACUAUACAGGACUCCCCUCACAAGUUCUUACAUCUUCUCAGGAAUGUCAAUAAGCAGUGGAUUACAUUUCAGCACUUUAGCUUCCUCAAACGCAUGUAUGUCACACAGCUGAACAGAAGCCACAACCAGCAAGUAAGACCCAAGCCAGAACCAGUAGCAUCUCCUUUCCUUGAAAAAACAUCUUCAGGUCAAGCCAAAGCAGAAAUAUAUGAGAUGAGACCUCUUUCACCGCCCAGCCUAUCUUUGUCCAGAAAGCCAAAUGAAAAGGAAUUGAUAGAACUAGAGCCAGCCUCAGUAAUUGAAGACUCAAUAGAUGUAGGGAAAGAGAGAAAAGAGGAAAAGCGGUGGAAAGAGAUGAAGCUGCAAGUGUAUGAUUUGCCAGGAAUUUUGGCUCGACUAUCCAAAAUCAAACUCACAGCUCUAGUUGUAAGUACCACUGCAGCUGGAUUUGCAUUGGCUCCGGGCCCUUUUGACUGGCCCUGUUUCCUGCUUACUUCUGUUGGGACAGGCCUCGCAUCCUGUGCUGCCAACUCCAUCAAUCAGUUUUUUGAGGUGCCAUUUGACUCAAACAUGAAUAGGACAAAGAACAGACCACUGGUUCGUGGACAGAUCAGCCCAUUGCUAGCUGUGUCCUUUGCCACUUGUUGUGCUGUUCCGGGAGUUGCCAUUCUGACCUUGGGGGUGAAUCCACUCACAGGAGCCCUGGGGCUCUUCAACAUUUUCCUGUAUACCUGCUGCUACACACCACUGAAAAGGAUCAGCAUUGCCAACACAUGGGUCGGAGCCGUGGUUGGGGCCAUCCCACCUGUCAUGGGCUGGACAGCGGCCACGGGCAGCCUCGAUGCUGGCGCGUUUCUCCUGGGAGGAAUCCUCUACUCCUGGCAGUUUCCUCAUUUCAACGCCCUGAGCUGGGGCCUCCGUGAAGACUACUCCCGGGGCGGCUACUGCAUGAUGUCGGUCACCCACCCGGGCCUGUGCCGGCGCGUGGCGCUGCGCCACUGCCUGGCCCUGCUCGUGCUGUCCGCAGCAGCCCCUGUCCUGGACAUCACCACGUGGACCUUCCCCAUCAUGGCCCUUCCCAUCAAUGCGUACAUCUCCUACCUCGGCUUCCGCUUCUACGUGGACGCAGACCGCAGGAGCUCGCGGAGACUGUUCUUCUGCAGCCUGUGGCACCUGCCGCUGCUGCUGCUGCUCAUGCUCACCUGCAAGCGGCCGCGCGGGGGCGGGGAUGCGGGGCCCCCUCCCAGCUGAGAGCACAGGGACGCCCACCGCCCCUUUCCCUCCGCGGCCAGGCGAGCAUGUUGUGGUAAUUCUGGAACACAAGAAGAGAAAUUGCUGGGUUUAGAACGAGAUCAUAAACGAAUUUGGUGCUCAGUGAUCACUUGACUUUUUUUUUUUUUUUAAAGAAUGUUACCCAAAAUGCUCCCCAAAUAAGAAAUGCAUCAGCUCAGUCAGUGAAUACAAAAAAGGAAUUAUUUUUCCCUUUGAGGGUCUUUAUACAUCUCUCCUCCAACCCCACCCUCCAUUCUGUUUCUUCCUCCUCACAUAGGUGUACACAUACACAGCUUCCUCUUUUGGUUCCAUCCUUACCCCCACACCGCGCACACACUCCACCUGCCCAGCGGAGUGGCACUUGGUGGCCAGACAGCGUGAGCCUCAUGAUCUGCUGUCUGUAGUUCUGUGAGCUCAGGUCCCUCAAAGGCCUCGGAGCACCCCCUUCCUGGUGACUGAGCCAGGGCCUGUAUUUUUGGUUUUCCCCACCCCACACAUUCUCAACCAUAGUCCUUCUAACAAUACCAAUAGCUAGGACCCGGCUGCUGUGCACUGGAACUGGGGAUUCCACAUGUUUGCCUAGGGAGUCUCAAGCUGGACUGCCAGCCCCUGUGCUCCCUUCAACCCCAUUGCGUAUGAGCAUUUCAGAACUCCAAGGAGUCACAGGCAUCUUUAUAGUUCACGUUAACAUAUAGACACUGUUGGAAGCAUUUCCUUCUAAAAGGGUAGCCCUGGACUUAAUACCAGCCGGAUACCUCUGGCCCCCACCGCAUUACUGUACCUCUGGAGUCACUACUGUGGGUUGCCACUCCUCUGCUACACAGCAUGGCUUUUUCAAGGCUGUAUUGAGAAGGGAAGUUAGGAAGAAGGGUGUGCUGGGCUAACCAGCCCACAGAGCUCAUAUUCCUGUCCCUUGGGUGAAAAAUACAUGUCCAUCCUGAUAUCUCCUGAAUUCAGAAAUUAGCCUCCACAUGUGCAAUUAGAGCCAGAAGCAGGGUUCUGGGAAUUUUGUGAGUUAUCCUGUGGCCAGGUGUGGUCUCAGUUACCAAACACGGUUACCUGCAGCUUUUUAGUCCUUUGUGCUCCCAUGGGUCUGCAGAGUCCCAUCUGCCCAAAGGUCUUGAAGCUUGACAAGAUGUUUUCAUUACUCAGACUCCCAGGGCACUGCUGGUCUGUAGGGAUUCAUUGCUCGGGGUGGGAGAGUUAAACAACAUUUAAACAGAGUUCUCUCAAAAAUGUCUAAAGGGAUUGUAGGCAGAUAACAUCCAAUCACUGUUUGCACUUAUCUGAAAUCUUCCCUCUUGGCUGCCCCCAGGUUAUUUACUGUGGAGAACAUUGCAUAGGAAUGUCUGGAAAAAGCCUCUACAACUUGUUACAGGCUUCACAUUUGUACAAUUCAUUGAUUCUCUUUUCCUUCCACAAUAAAACGGUAUACAAGAACA